AUGGGCAAUGCAGUGUCUCCAUGCUUCCACCCUGCUAAGAACUCUGAGUCAGUGAAGCUUAUCUUCUGGGAAGGAACAGUGAAGACGCUGUCGGGAGGCCGGUCCAAGAAGUCACGCCACAUAGCCGGUGAGGUCAUGUUUGAGUUCCCUGACAAGAUGGUGUGCCAUGCUGACUCCUUCUAUCUUGGCCGCCCAAUCCCGUCCCUCUCCAUUGACGAUGAGUUCGUCCCUGGUCAGGCCUAUUUUGUUCUCCCCAUUGACUUUUUCCCUCCAUCGUCAUCUCCGUCCUCUUGCUCUGGUUAUAUCCUCUCCGCUUCCACCCUCGCCAUUCUGGGUUCCUCCUCAGUGAGCCCCAAGCGGGCCCUAAUUGACUUCGGUGAGGAUGGCCCGUUCCAGUACGUGAAGGGAGAGGAUGGGAGGCUCCUCAUGAAGGUCUCGCCUGAUUUUAUCAUGAGAAUCAUUACGAAGGGGAAGGAGGGUGAUGACAAGAAGGACCGGGCUAGGGAAGGUGGCACAAGAUCAUCACUUUGCAGCACGCCUGAGCUAAGGAAGCAGUAUGAGCAGCUGGUCGGGUGCAGAGAGCAGGUUUGGUCACCGAAGCUCGAGACCAUUUCCGAGCACAAGAUCAGGCACUCACCCUGCAGAUUUAUCAGGUUGGAGCGGAAGCAGAAGGAGAAGGGCAAUUGA